AAGGCGGUGCGAGCACGAGGCCGGGCGCGAGCCUCGCCCACCCGGGUCUCCCCCGGUGGCGCGCGUGCGCGCGGGUGUGCGAGCAGGGGCGGGGCGGGGCGCGUUGGGUUGGGGAGGGAAGGGCACCCCACAAGGGCAAAGGAGACCCUAGUCCCGCUAGACGGUAGCCCUCGCAGGAGCGAAAGUUGGAAAGGGACUGUUUUCUGCUCCUCUCUCACUUUCCCACAAAGAGAGAGUCCCACCCCUGCCAGAUCCAAACAUCCCACUGGACAAUCGCUUUCACCCUUUGAGAGAAAGGAAAGCCAUCCUGGGUGGUUUCACCAGUGGUCCCAUCCUCUCAGAUUCCUGGCCAGGUCGGUUGUCAUAGUAACCCCUCCCCAGCCUAAGACACACACCCCCAAUUUUCAUCUCUGCUACCUCUUUGUGGUUUGGAGCCUUCCAAACCUCUUAGGUCUUCAAGAGGAACAGGUUGCUAAGGUAACUGAAGUCCCUGGUGGUCCUUCUGCCCCAUAGUCAGUUACUGUGGCAACCCCCCCCAACACACAUGCACCUUGUACAAGGACAUUGACCUCUAAGAAAAAUAAGUACCUCUUCCUCAACUCCUCCCCCCAAGGCCACCCAGUUGGCAUUACCAUGGUAACCAUCUUCCUCUCUCAUCAUGGGAGGUCUAUGGCCCUAACCCACCAGGUGUUUUUUAUCUAAAGGAGGGGAUGCUGUCCUGCAAGGCAGCUGCUAUGGUUACAGGAUCUGGACCAUAUGGGGGGGAGGAGAGAAACAGGCAAACCCAGUCCCUGGUUACUAUGGUAAAAGGACAUCCUCCCCUCUCCUCUUCAAUGACCCUAGGAACUAAGCUCACCAAGCAGGGUCAGGACAUUUUGGGAUUGUCAGCAGGGGGUGAAAUGUCUAGAAAAGGGGUCAUCAUGGUAACAGUUUCUGCCAGUACUAUCCCUACUUUUCUGAGCACAUUCAGAAAAGAAGGAUGGUUCCAGGUUGCUAUGAAAACUGACAUCCCCACCCCGCCCCACUCCUGAGAUGCUGCAGGUAUGCCCAAGUUUAUGGGACUUCAUAAAGGGUUCCCUGACUUUCUAGAUGCCACUUGCAUGGGUAAGCUCUGUUCUCUUGGGCAGAAUCAGCUGACUUGGGGUUUUCUGGUUCUCCUUCCCUCAGCAGAGCAGCUGAGCCUGACUGGAACCACCCUCUCGGAACUCCCCCAGCCUGCAGCCUAGGAGGAUGCCCUGGACGCCCAGGUAGGGCCUGGCCUCGGCCCCAUGCGACUCACGCGCUGCCAGGCUGCCCUCGCAGCUGCCAUCACCCUCAACCUCCUGGUCCUCUUCUAUUUCUCAUGGCUGCAGCACCAGCCCAGGAACUCCCGGGCCCGCAGCCCCCGCCGGGCAUCCGCCGCCGGUCCCCGUGUCACUGUCCUGGUGCGGGAGUUUGAGGCCUUUGACAACGCGGUGCCCGAGCUGGUGGACUCCUUCCUGCAGCAGGACCCAGCCCAGCCCGUGGUGGUGGUGGCCGACACCCUCCCCUAUCCACCCCUUGCCUUGCCGCGCGUCCCCAACGUUCGCCUGGCACUGCUCCAACCUGCCCUGGACCGGCCCGCCGCCGCCUCGCGCCCGGAGACCUACGUGGCCACCGAGUUCGUGGCCCUAGUGCCGGACGGGGCACGCGCUGAGUCACCAGGCCAGCUGGAGCGCAUGGUAGAGGCGCUGCGGGCUGGAGGUGCACGCCUGGUGGCCGCCCCUGUCGCCACUGCCAACCCUGCCCGGUGCCUAGCGCUGAACGUCAGCCUGCGAGAGUGGACUGCCCACUACGCCCCGGCGCCCGCCGUGCCCCGCUGCGACGCCCUGGACGGCGACGCCGUGGUUCUGCUGCGCACCCGCGACCUCUUCAACCUCUCUGCGCCGCUGGCGCGGCCGCUGGGCAGCAGCCUCUUCCUGCAGACCGCCCUACGCGGCUGGCCCGUGCGCGCACGGCGGGCGGCGCUGCUGCGCGCGCUGGGCAUCCGCCUGGUGAGCUGGGCUGGCGGGAGGCUUGAGUGGUUCGGCUGCAGCAAGGAGAGCGCGCGCUGCUUCGGGACGGUGGUGGGCGACACGCCUUCCUACCUGUACGAGGGGCGCUGGACGCCGCCGUGCUGCCUGCGCGCGCUGCGCGAGACGGCGCGCUACGUGGUGGGCGUGCUGGAGGCCGCGGGCGUGCGCUACUGGCUGGAGGGCGGCUCGCUGCUGGGCGCAGCGCGCCACGGGGACAUCAUCCCCUGGGACUACGACGUGGACUUGGGGAUCUACCUGGAGGACGUGGGCAACUGCGAGCAGCUGCGGGGGGCCGAGGCCGGCUCGGUGGUGGACGAGCGCGGCUUCGUGUGGGAGAAGGCCGUGGAGGGCGACUUCUUCCGUGUGCAGUACAGCGAGACGAACCACCUGCACGUGGACCUGUGGCCCUUCUACCCCCGCAACGGGGUCAUGACCAAGGACACGUGGCUGGACCACCGGCAGGACGUCGAGUUCCCCGAGCACUUCCUGCAGCCUCUGGUGCCUCUGCCCUUUGCUGGCUUUGUGGCGCAGGCCCCCAAUAACUACCGCCGCUUCCUGGAGCUUAAGUUUGGCCCGGGGGUCAUCGAGAACCCAGAGUACCCGAACCCUGCGCUCCUGAGUUUGACAGGCGGCUGAAGCCCCGACGCCCGCAUCUGGGGUCCCCGGGAUCAGGGUAGCGUUCGGGCAUGGGGAGCUUCCUUUAUAGCCUGCGGUCUGUUUGGGUGUGGAGAAGCUUCCUUUGAUGGAGUUUAGGGGCCGUGUGCUGGAAGCGGGAAGCCCCGGAGAGAACCUGGCCCUUCCAGAAGAAUCAGGAUCAGAAGCAAACGCGGAGAUUCUCCAGAGGUCCUGCCCGCUGUGAGCAGCAGAUGUGACCGAGAACAUCCUGCGACACCUCAGUAAUCAACGGAGCUGCAGGCAUUUGGUGGACAGGGCCGGGGAUGCCAGGCCGUCCUUUAGGGCCCGACACAGGCCUGGGCCUCGGAGAAGCGUCCUGUACCCCUGAUCUGGGACAGUUUGGGAAAAAGAGUAGGUUCUGGAUUCUGGCGCUAUCACUUUGGAGCAGUGUGUCUGCCUCAGUUUCCUCCUUGAUUCCGAGGGCCCUGGACUUACCAUCCAGUGCCCAGUAAGGCAAUAAGCACUCCCAUCCCUCGGCUGCAGGGGUUGCUUGCUCCACUAGAGGGCGUGUCUGUCCCGCUCCUGGUGGCCUCCCGUGGCUGCCAGGGUGACAACCCAGCGUCGGGGUUCCAUAGCCCUCGUGACUCUUGAGCUUUUGGUCUUCUCAGACUGUGGAAGGUAGGACAGCAGUGUGACUUCUUCCCUACGGACUGUGUGAGGUCCCUGCUGCUCUUAACCCCACCUUGCGGAGGAGGGGACAGCUCCGAGCACAGUGGGCUGUGGUUAAAACGGGCCUGGAUCCCAGCUCACUCCUUACCAUACCUCAGAACUUGGGCUCUCAGCGCCUGCACCCCACUUGCCAGGAGGCCAACGGUAGUGUGGCACACGGUGGCGGAGCCCAUACCAGGUACCACGUGUCACUCGGUGUAAACAUGGACACACUGACCUGUCUUCACUUCAUCCCUCUGAAGUGACAGCUGCUAGUUGCCCAUUUUGCAGUGAGCACAGCUGAGGCCAGAGUGGUGAUGUCACUUGCCCAAGGCCAGAGAGCUGCAGAAUUAGCGGAUCAGGGACUUGAACCCAGGCCAGCAGGCCCUGGAGCCCACACUUAACUUCUUCCUCCCUCUCCCCACUCUAAAAAUGGCACCCAGAAGCAGUUGGGAGUCCCCAUUUCAUAGGAAAAUAGUAUCGGGGCAUGUAUGCAGUGUGUCUGUAUUUAUAAGUUAUGCGCAAAUACUACUAUCGGUGUAUACGGCUUACAUUAUUCCACGUUACAAUAAAACAUGAGUAGGAA